GAGACGUGCUGCCGGGCUGGGCUGCCGGGGGAGAUGACUUCUCGCCAGAAGGGCGCCUUUGGGAAGAAGACCACGGGGGAAGCAAAGUUUCAGGGCAGCUGAGGAGCCUUCGCCAGCCCUUCCCAGCCCUGUCACCCCUCUGGCUAUGGAGGGCGGACUCUAAAAUGAAUCCCGAUCUGGACACCGGCCACAACACAGCAGCACCUGCCCACUGGGGAGAGUUGAAAAAUGCCAACUUCACUGGCCCCAACCAGACCUCGAGCAACUCCACACCGCCCCAGCUGGACAUCACCAGGGCCAUCUCCGUGGGCCUGGUGCUGGGCGCCUUCAUCCUCUUUGCCAUCGUGGGCAACAUCCUAGUCAUCUUGUCUGUGGCCUGCAACCGCCACCUGAGGACACCCACCAACUACUUCAUCGUCAACCUGGCCAUUGCUGACCUGCUGCUAAGCUUCACUGUGCUGCCCUUCUCCGCGGCCCUGGAGGUGCUCGGCUAUUGGGUGCUGGGCCGUAUCUUCUGUGACAUCUGGGCCGCCGUGGAUGUCCUGUGCUGCACAGCCUCCAUUUUGAGCCUGUGCGCCAUCUCCAUCGACCGCUACAUCGGGGUGCGCUACUCUCUCCAGUACCCGUCACUGGUCACCAGGAGGAAGGCCAUCUUGGCGCUCCUCAGUGUCUGGGUGUUGUCCACGGUCAUCUCCAUUGGGCCUCUUCUUGGGUGGAAGGAGCCGGCGCCCAAUGAUGACAAGGAGUGUGGGGUCACUGAAGAACCCUUCUAUGCUCUCUUCUCCUCCCUGGGCUCCUUCUACAUCCCUCUGGCGGUCAUUCUGGUCAUGUACUGCCGGGUCUACAUCGUUGCCAAGAGGACCACCAAGAACCUGGAGGCUGGAGUCAUGAAGGAGAUGUCCAACUCCAAGGAGCUGACCUUGAGGAUUCACUCCAAGAACUUUCACGAGGACACCCUCAGCAGUACCAAGGCCAAGGGCCACAACCCCAGGAGUUCCAUAGCUGUCAAACUUUUUAAGUUCUCCCGGGAAAAGAAAGCAGCCAAGACCUUGGGCAUUGUAGUCGGUAUGUUCAUCUUGUGUUGGCUACCCUUCUUCAUCGCUCUACCACUUGGCUCCCUGUUCUCCACCCUGAAGCCCCCCGACGCCGUGUUCAAGGUGGUGUUCUGGCUGGGCUACUUCAACAGCUGCCUCAACCCCAUCAUCUACCCGUGCUCCAGCAAGGAGUUCAAGCGCGCCUUCGUGCGCAUCCUCGGGUGCCAGUGCCGCGGCGGCCGCCGCCGCCGCCGCCGCCGCCGCCGCUUGGGCGGCUGCGCCUACACCUACCGGCCGUGGACGCGCGGCGGCUCGCUGGAGCGGUCGCAGGCGCGCAAGGACUCGCUGGAUGACAGCGGCAGCUGCCUGAGCGGCAGCCAGCGGACCCUGCCCUCGGCCUCGCCGAGCCCCGGCUACCUGGGCCGCGGCGCGCCGCCGCCCGUCGAGCUGUGCGCCUUCCCGGAGUGGAAGGCGCCCGGCGCCCUCCUGAGCCUGCCCGCGCCCGAGCCCCCGGGCCGCUGCGGCCGCCACGACUCGAGCCCGCUCUUCACCUUCAAGCUGCUGGCGGAGCACGAGAGCCCCGGGACCGACGGAGACGCCAGCCACGGGGGCCACGAGGCCGCAGCCGACGUGGCCAACGGGCAGCCCGGCUUCAAAAGCAACAUGCCCCUGGCGCCCGGGCAGUUUUAGGGCCCCGCGCACCGCUUCCUUUCCCUGGGGAGCCAAUCAUCGUGGGGGGCGGGCGGAGGGGGGGAGGGGAGUGUCGGCGCCUGGUAGACACGGGGAAGCGGGGGGAGGGGGGCGGGGAGAGGGGCAGCUGCUUUUCUGGCAGGGGCAUGGGUGCCAGGUACAGCGCGGAGAGCCUGGGAGACCCGACGCCAGCCGGGAUUUCCGUCUCUCUCUCUGUGUAUAUAUCUAAACGAGUCCCUCUGUACAUGUAUUUAACCGUGGGUGCACGUGCGUGUGUCUGUGCGGUGUACGUGUGGUCUGCGUGUGUGCGUGUGUGGGGCCGCCCGCGCGGGGGCAGAGCGAGUGGGUGCCCAGGAGGCGCCCAGGGCAUUGUUGGUCUCGUGACUUCGGACCUCGCAAGCCUCUCCUGUACUUCACUGAACGGUGGCACUUUGGCGGGGUUGGAAGCAAAGUCGGACAUUAAAGGUCAUUUCUCCUG